ACAGCACUCCUUAGUGGGUUAAUGUGUAACUAUUAUGAUUAAUCAUUACAGUAGGAAUUUGAUCCCACUGGAAUAUGCAGCUGUUUCUAGGAUUUUGGUGAUUUGGUAGAUCAGAACGAUCAAAUUCCAAGCCAGCCUCCAUGCAAGUACACAUGCUUUGUUUAUUUCUUUGUUUCUUUCUUUGUGUGUGCAUAUUCAUUUGAAUUUUGCACUUCAGCUAAAUCACAUUCUUCUUCAGAAAUAAAAAGGAUGAAUAGCAAUAAAAAUUAUACCCUUAAUGCUGAAACACCACAGCCAGGAAAAUGGGAGCUUCCAGGAUAUGAGACAGCAUUCCCCAUCACAGAGCAAUCCAACCCCAUCACAAAAAAUAUAGAUACCUCAGAUCCUUUUCAGAUCGUUCAAUUUUUAAAAGAAUGUGAUGCUGAAAUAUUUCAGGAGGAGGAUGAAAGGAUCAGUAAUUACAAGAGACUGUAUAGUAAAUCUAUUUUAAAAGCAAUGGCAGACGUUGCCAAAAAGGCACAAGAGCUCCUGAAGGAACCUGAUGACAAUCUCAUUGUGCUAAGUGGAUGUGGAACUUCAGGAAGAUUAGCAUUUCUACUUGCUUCUUCCUUCAACAACUUGCUGAAAGGACAGUCCAAAAAAGCAAGCUACUGCUAUACUAUUGCAGGAGGAGACAAGGCACUCAUGACAUCUCAAGAACUGCCGGAGGACAAUCCAGAGUUAGGAAUAGAAAUGUUGGAAAAGAUUUCACAAGGGAAAAAAAAAGUAUUAUUCAUUGGGAUUUCAUGUGGGUUAUCGGCUCCAUUUGUUGCUGGCCAGCUUGAUCUCUGCAUCAAUAAAUUGGACAAGUUCACUCCUGUUCUGGUUGGCUUCAACCCAGUUAACAUGGCAAGAUCCGACAAUAUAGAAGGAUGGCACUCGACUUUCCAACAAGUGGCAGAAAGAAUUCAGAAACUGCAUGAUUUGCACAAGGGAUACAUCAUCAACCCUGCUAUUGGUCCCGAAGCCAUUGCUGGGUCAUCGCGAAUGAAAGGUGGAAGCACCACCAAGAUUCUCCUGGAGACCAUUCUCCUGACUGCCCAUAAAGCUGUGUCAGACAACAGUAGCAUCACAGAUAGGUGCCUGCUAGACAUGCUGAAAAGUUAUGAACAAGUGCACAAAAAUAUCUAUUCACACAGCACAAAGAUCGCUACUUUGGUGAAACACGCAGGCGCAAGCUUGCAAAAGAAUAGCCAUAUAUAUUACAUUGGCUGGAAGUCACUUGGAAUUAUUGGAAUCAUUGAUGCCAGUGAAUGUGUGCCAACGUUUGGAGCAGAUUCCAGUCACGUGCGUGGUUUUGUAAACAAUGGCUUUGAGGAAAUGGCAAACAACAAUGGAGACCUAUCGUCAUUGGGACCAGAAUUUGCCAUCUCACAUGAAUAUUUUCUAAAGACCGUGCUUCCCACGAUUCAAGAGAAUGAUACUGUUGUCUUCAUCUUUACUUUAGAUGAUGACCUCAAGGAGAUUGAGAAAAUCGCAUGGCAGGUGAAGGCAUCAACCACCAACUUGUAUGCAAUGUGGCAUUCAACAACAGAACAUCAGGUGCCACAACAACUGGAGGAAAUAUUUUCUGUUGCAAUAAAUGUCACUUGGCCAAAACUGCUCUCUGAGGAUCAAGGAAGCUACAUUCAGAGGUUUCAGUAUGAAUUGAGUACGAAGUGGGUACUGAAUGCAAUAAGCACAGGGGCACAUGUUUUGAAAGGCAAAGUCUACUACAAUCACAUGAUUGAUCUCAGAGUCAGUAACAGCAAACUCUUUGGGCGGGCCUUGUCACUUCUACAGAAGUUUACAGGCCAAUCUAAAUCAAAAUGCUUUGAGGCAUUACUCCAAUCAAUUUAUGAAACAGAUGAAUUAAAUGAAGAAAUAAAAAAUGUGGAGAUUUCGAAACACAUUCAAUGGGCAGCAACAAUGAACAAGGUUGUACCUACAGCAGUGGUCACUUUAAUUAGAAACUGCUCAGUCUCUGAAGCAAAAACUCGACUUGCAUCCUGUCCCAUCGUGCGAGAUGCCAUCAAUGCAUGUAUGACUGGCUCAGGGCUGAAACGGACAGCAGAGCAGAGAGAAACAGAUGAGAAAGAACCGGGUGAAUGAAAACAACAGCCCUUUGAGUGCAAUUAUUUCCGAACAGCAAGAUAUGAAAUUAUAAUUUUACUUCAUUUUGAGACAAUAAACGUAUCAUAACUUUU